UCGGUACCACCACCAUCAUCCCCACCAGCACAACCUCCACCAUCACCACCCUCCCUUCUCGCAAGUUCCCUCUGUUCUCUCUCUAUCUCUCUCUCUCUCUCUCUCCGCCCUCGUCCUCGUGGUUCUCCACAGCAACACGCGCGCGCAUCAACGCAUUAACGGGAGUGCGCGCUGUCACCGUCGAGAAACGUCAUUUCGCGGAUCUCGUAGUGGUCGACUACGAUCGGCGCGCUCGAUCGUUUGCGAGCGCACGCUUUACCCUUUCCGCGCAAACCUUUCCCUGCUGGAGCGCUUUCUUUCGCAUCAUUUCUCGCACCGCGCGAAAAUUACGCUGGAAAGGGUCGUAAGUUCGAAUUGACGCGAGUGCUGACGAGGCUGAGGAAAGUGUUUGUUGAAAAGUGGCCGUACGUAGAAAGAAAAAUAUAAUCAUCGAGCAAAGGAAUAUUCCAACGAGCAGUCGAACGAUGUCGAUUUGAUGGAAAAUGUUUUCCUGACAGAAGAAUUUAAUUAUCGAUCUCUCGUGUAAGGGCGCAGUGAACAGAGUGAGUUAUCGAACGGAUCGAAUUAAUUUCGAACUUAUUCGAUGUAUUGGUUUGAGAAAAUCGUGUUAUCGUGAGAAUUCGAAGAAUAUCAUCGGUAUUUACAUCGAUAUUUUAAUUUUGAAAUUGGAAUCGGAUGCUUUCCCCCGUUUGCAUCAGCGCUCUCCGAUAGCGGCGCAUUGGCGGCGUCGCCGAUCGGAUUAAUAUUCUUUCCACCAACGAAUAACAGCUUGGACAUUAGUCAAUUAAUAGCAGCGUUUAUCUCCCGCAAGACGCGAUGCUCGCAACAACAUUCGACGAGCACUCGGCAGCCUGGUGCGGGAUAGUGUUUCGCGCUCGGAAUUCGUUGGAUUCGACGCGCGGGACGUCAACGCGAUUCCGAUGUACGUGAUUGUCGCAAAUGCUACAUAUUGCCGGAUAUCACGACUCGAAGUGACAUUGCGUGAAAUCCAGUCGCGCGUCAGAGAUAGUGAUGCUCCGGUGAUCUUCUAUCGCGAUCUACUGAAAGAAAAGACAGACUCAGAAUCUGAAAGGAACAGUCUAAUCGAAAGAGAAACCCAACAUCGCGCUCUAAAAACUAGAGAGAAUCAUCGUGGUUUAUCACGGAACGAACGCACGGCGACCGCGCGGAUUGGAUGGUGCUGCGAAAAUCAACCCUCGGCAGGACGACUCGGGACCGAUCCACGUUCGGAUCGAUUCUUCGCCGCGCCUCCGUGAAAGAUGAUAGCAUCGCGUCGUCGUCGUCUUCUACUUCGACCUACCUGAGGAGACGCGAGAUCUAAAUUGUGUGUCGAAGGGGAAGGAUCCGAGGAUCCGCGCGAAUCGAUCCUCUCAGUCGUCGGCCGGUGGAAAUCACGGCGCGAGCGGCGACGGUCGUGGAUUGGAUGGUGCCGCGAGGAUUAACCCUCGGCAGGACGACGACACGGGAGCCGGAGCCGGAGCAGCUACGUUUUUACGACUCUCCGCCGCCACGGAUGGACGCGAGCGUGUGCUGUCUGCCCGCCGGUGCCGCGGCCACCACGGGGGUUACGCAGCACCCUCAUCCGGCGUCUCUGCCCGGUUUGCCGUCCGCCGUCGGCGUCCAACCGCCGACGAUCCAGCCGUCCUACGCCGCUCAGUACGCCGCCGAUCAGAUAGUGCCCGAUCGGGCCCAACCCGACGGACCCCUCGCGACUGUCCUCGGAUGCAACGCACAGGACGGUUGGCAGCAGAUCUCGUCGACGACGUCCACCGGGAUCGCCGGAGCCGUCACCGCCACCACCACCGCGUACAUCGACUACUCGUGGCUGCAGAUGCAGACGUCGGACCUGGACACUUUGCUGUGCAGACAGGAUCUCGAUCGUCUACAAAGGCUGGACGAAGAUGAAUCGGAUGCGAGGGAUGCGCGGGAGUCAUCCGUGCACAUGGAGGACUUUUUCGAGGUCAGUGGACCUACGGCAGUGUGCCGACCACCACAGGCUAGUUUUGUUUCCGCCAGAAAUCAGUCCGCUACCGCCGGCCAGGAUGACGACGUCUUUCUUAGGCCGCCGCUUUGGGAGGAUAUCACGUCGAGUAUCCAAAAGCUGGAUCCGGAAAACGCGGACAUGUUGGGCUCGCAGUCCCACGUAAAGAUGGAGACUGACGAUGUGACAUCGCCGCCGGUUCUUUCCCCGGUGGAGAUCAAGACGGAACCGUUACCACCACAACCGACCUUGCAUCUUCUCGAGGGGCCAACCACGAAUCCUUCACAGAAUCCCUUUUCGAACUCCUCUAGUGUUCAACAUGUCGUCCACCAUCGGACGACGACGACGACGACGACGACGGCAACGACGGCGGCUCUCUUCAAGAGUUUUCCCAACAACAAUAACAACAACAACAGCGGGACUGUUAAUAGUAAUAGCGCAAGUGGGAAUAACACUGGUAGCAAUAACGGUAACGGCAACGGCGCCAACGGCAACAACAACAGCAACAACGGCGGUGGUAGCAAUAAUGAUUCGUCGACAACCAGUCAUCAUCAGCCGAGUGGCAACGCGACAUCGCCGCUCUAUGGUUCGAUGACGAGGCUGAUGUAUAUUUCGCCGCUGACGCCACCGAUCUCCGAUCCCGGUUCGCCCAUCGGUGCCGGUCCACCCAGGCGAACACCGCCACCCCCGUAUCCCCAACCGGGCCCGAUUCUGAAUCCAGCCCACAGGAUUCAGCCGCCAUCGAUGACGACCAAGUUCAAUAGGCGGAAUAAUCCAGAGUUGGAGAAGCGUCGGGUGCACCAUUGCGAUUUCAUAGGUUGUACGAAAGUCUACACGAAGAGCUCGCAUCUGAAGGCUCAUCAGCGGAUACACACGGGCGAGAAACCGUAUCAGUGUCAAUGGCCGGAAUGCGAGUGGCGAUUCGCCAGGAGUGACGAAUUGACGCGGCAUUACCGCAAGCACACCGGAGCUAAGCCCUUUAAAUGCGCGGUCUGCGAGCGCUCCUUCGCCAGGAGCGAUCAUCUCGCGCUGCACAUGAAGCGGCACCUCCCGAAGCAGCACACCAAGUGAAGAGAGCGGGAGACCAGAGGCAAAGAAAUAGAGAAAGAGAGAUUUUCUCUUUGCUCUUCCCGUUCGUUCUCGACACUACCUGUGUUGGACGCGCGCUACGUGGAUUUCGCCAUUCAGGCUUCGAGGCGCGGAGCUUUUCAAGGGACUGUCAAGUGCGGAGAACAUCGAGAGUUUAGAAACGUGUAGAAAUUAUCGGGAAAAAGGAAGAAAAAAAAAAAAGUCGCGAAAGCUAUUUCUCAGAUAUUAUUGUAAUUUCUAAACGGAUCUAUGACAUUCGCACUAUA